CUGAAUGGAAUGCGCACACGCGCGCGGGCGGGUACAAAGGUGUGCUGCAUGCAAACAGAUGAAACGGAAGGAAACUUUCUCCGUUAGCGCGCCUCACCUGGACUGCGUGUGCGCGCGCGCUUUGAAGGAGGGGUCACAGCAGGCUCGGUCAUAUCCAGAUCCUCUCUCUCUUCCUGCUCUGAGAUCCGCACGAUCAGACGAACUUCAGCUCCUGCAGAGAGGAGACGCAGGAGGACCGAGGAGGACCGGGAAGAGGGACUCGACGGUCUGAGGGAACUUUGAACCUGCAGAGGAAAUCCUUUUCUUCAGUUUGGUGGACUUUGGGACUUGGACCGCAGCUCCGAGGAAGGCGAUGGCGGGAUGGAUGCUGCAUCUGUCUGCAGUCGUCUGCCUGCUGCUCAUCCGUCUGACCGGCUGUGAUGCAGAAGAAAACUACUGCUUUGCUUCCAGAGCCAGCAACUGCAGCCAGUGUCUGCAGGCGGGGAAAGGCUGCGCAUACUGCUCUGAGGAGGUCUUCAGCGGCCCCCGCUGUGAUCUCUAUGUGAACAUCCUGGCCUUUGGCUGCAGGAAGUCGGCCAUCAUCACGAAAGAGGGCAGCAUGUCCAUCGACCAGAACCAGAAGAUCGAAAUGAGUCUGCAGCAGUCCCAGGUGUCGCCGCAGCAGGUGACCGUGUCGCUCCUCCCCGGCGAGGAGAGGCUCCUGAACGUGGAGGUCUUUGCUCCAAAAAAAGGUCCUCUGGAUCUCUACAUCCUCAUGGACUUCUCCAACUCCAUGGCUGACGAUCUGAGCAACUUGAAGAAGAUGGGGGAGGAACUGGCUAAGCUGGUGGAGCGGCUGUCUGAUGACUACACCAUCGGCUUCGGGAAGUUUGUGGACAAAGUGAUCGAGCCCCAAACCGACAUGAGGCCCGCAAAGCUGAAGGAGCCGUGGCCCCAGAGCGACCCCCCCUUCGCCUUCCAGAGCGUCAUCAAGCUAACGAACAACGUGAGCUACUUCCAGCAAGAGCUGCAGAAGGAGAGGAUCUCCGGGAACCUGGACGCUCCCGAAGGAGGCUUUGAUGCCAUCCUGCAGGCGGCGGUGUGCGGGGAGAAGAUCGGAUGGCGUCAGCACAGCACACACCUCCUGGUCUUCUCCACUGAGUCGGCCUUUCACUACGAGGCCGACGGCGUCAACGUCCUGUCCGGCAUCCUCCCACGAAACGACGAGCAGUGCCACCUGGAUAAGCAGGGCAAGUACACCCAUGAAACCAGCCAGGACUACCCCUCCAUCCCCACGCUGGUCCGCCUGCUGGGAAAGCACAACAUCAUCCCCAUCUUCGCCGUCACAAACUACUCCUACUCCUACUACGAGAAACUGGAAAAGUACUUCCCCAUCGCUGAGGUGGGGCUGCUUCAGGACGACUCCUCCAACAUCCUGCAGGUCAUGGAGGAGGCCUUCAAGAGUAUUCGCUCCAAAAUGAGCAUCCGUGCUGAGGAGAGACCCAAAGCCUUCGAGGCUCAGUUCCUGAGCACCAGUGGAGCAGUGGCAGAAUAUGGAGACUUCCAGUUUGAGCCCGGGAUGAUAGGAAAGUUCAAGAUGCUUCUGAAGGCCCAGAGAACCGUGGACAAGGAGCCUGUCUGCAAGAUGAAUCCAAGUGAUAAGGAGGGGACCAUGAGGGUCAAACCCACAACCUUCAACGCCGCCGUGAGCGUCAAGGCCUCCGUGCUGUGUCCAACCUGUGCCUGUGAGCAGAAUCCCAUCAAAAAGUCGGACAGAUGCCACAGAAAUGGCGACCUGGUGUGCGGGAAGUGUCAGUGCCAUGACGGCUGGCUCGGAAACUUCUGCAACUGUUCAACGGCAGAUUCUGCUCUGGACGCCAACCAGUGCAUAGGCCCCGGCAUGACGCAGCCGUGCUCGGGCCGCGGCGACUGUCAGCCGUGUGGAACCUGCGUGUGCUACAACCCCGAGCAGUUCGAGGGCCCGUUCUGCCAGUACGACCGGACGCAGUGCCAGAGACGCGGCGGCUUCCUCUGCAACGACCGCGGCUCCUGCGUGAUGGGGCGCUGCGCCUGCACCGAAGGAUGGGAGGGCGACGCCUGCGAUUGCACCAAGAGCAACCAGACCUGUGUGGACAGCAGAGGGGGCAUCUGCAGCGGGCUUGGGACGUGCGAGUGCGGCCGCUGCACCUGUUCGAACUCCAGCGCGGACCUGACGGUGACCUGCGAGCCGAGCUUUCAGUUCCAGCUGGGCGCCUGCGACGGCUCCAAGAAGUGCGCUCAGUGCAAAGCCUGGAAGACAGGCGAGGAAAAGGACAAGUGCGACGAGUGUGUGUUCAAGGUGGAGCUGGUGGACGAGCUGAAAGAGCGCCAGAAGGUCAUGGAUUCCUGCAGCUUCCGCGAUGAAGAUGACGACUGCACGUUCAGGUACACGGUGGAAACCCAGCCCUCCUCCAAGGAGCUGCUGAUCCAGAUGCUCAAAGACAAAGAAUGUCCUCCUGGUGGCCUCCUCUGGCUGCUCCCGCUCCUGCUGUUCCUCCUCCUGCUGCUGGCACUGCUGCUGCUCUGCUGCUGGAAAUACUGCGCCUGCUGCGCCUCCUGCUGGCAGAGCUGCCUGGCCCUGCUGCCCUGCUGUAGGAGGGGUCGUAUGGUGGGCUUCAAGGAGGACGAGUAUUUCUUUCACCAGUCCACCUUGACCUCAGACCACGCAGACACCCCCAUGGUGAGGACCGGUCCUCUGAAGGGGCCCGAUGUGGUCCGCUGGAAAGUGACGGACAACGUUCACCGGGAGCCGGAUCAUCCCGCCGCUCUGGCCACGCCCAACAGCCAAGAGAUGAUCAACUUCCCCAUCUCCCUACGGCUCAACCGCAUCUUCGACGAGUCCUGGGAUGAGCCAAUGGAGGCGGAGCAACUCAGGAGAGAAGUCUCUGAAAACCUGAAUGACGUGUACAAGGACAUUCCAGCAGCCCACAGGGUGAAGGAGACCUCCUUCAGGUCACAGACGAACCCUGGGAAAAGGAAGGACUACAUCAUCGUGGACACGGUGCUGUCCGCCCCUCGCUGCAGCUUUAAGGACAUCGUCAAACUCACAGAGAAGAACGUCCAGUGCGGACGCUUCCGCGACCUGAAAGUGGUGCCUGGAUACUACACUGUGGCCACAGACCGGGAGGCGGCGGGGGCGGUGGAGUUCCAGGAGGGCGUGGAGAUGGUGGACGUCCACGUGCCACUCUUCACCAAAGAGCAGGACGACGACAAGAAGGUGCUGCGGGUGGAGGCCACCGACGUGCCGCUGGGAAUCGCAGAGAUCGGAAAACGUCUGGUUAACAUCACUAUCGUCAAAGAGCAUGUUUCCAGCAUCUUCUCCUUCCUUCAGUCGGGCUACAGCUGCAGCCGGCUGGAGAGGGUGGUCAACAUCCCCGUCAUCAGAGACAUCAAGAUGGACGGACACUCCCAGGUCUCCUACAGCACCCGAGACCUCACCGCCAAGGAAAAUAAGGACUACGUGGCCACAGAUGGACAGCUGCUCUUUGGUCCUGGGGAGACCCAGAAGUUAAUCUCAGUCUCCCUGCUGGAGCUGAAAGAGGCAGACAGCUUGAUGGACAGGCAGCUUCGGCAGUUUGUGGUGGACCUCAGAAACCCACAGCAGGGGGCCAAGCUGGGGCACCAUCCCAAAACCACCGUGACCAUCACAGACACCCCAGAAAUAUCCCAGACUCCCCAGCAGGCUCCUCAGCAGAUGGGUUACGUCAGUCCGAAGGCCACCUCGCCUGGUGCUUACCUUCCUUCUCCAGAAAACGUGACGGCCAGGGCCACUGGAUCAAGGAACAUCCGCCUGAACUGGGAUCCCCCACCUGGAAACCCCAUGGGAUACAAGGUGAAGUACUGGAUCUACGGAGACAAAGAGCAAAACGCGGAUAUCCUGGAGGUCCAGAGUCCUCAGGCGGAGCUGACCAACCUGUACCCGUACUGCGACUAUGAGAUGAAGGUCUGCGCCUACAACGCCUUCGGAGACGGAUACGAGUCCAACAUGGUUCCCUGCCAAACGCUGGAGGACGUCCCUGGAGAACCGGGUCGCUUGGCCUUCACAGUCAUCAGUCCCACCGUCACUCAGGUCAGCUGGGCGGAGCCUGCAGAGACCAACGGUGUCAUCACAGCCUAUGAGGUCUUCUACACCCCCAUCGACGACAAUCAGAGACCGGUGGGAGCUGUAAAGAAAGUGAUGAUCGACAAUCCCAAGAAGAGGAUGCUGCUGAUCGAGAACCUCCAGAUUGCCCAGACGUACCAGUACAAAGUCCGUGCCCAGAACAGGAUGGGCUGGGGGCCCUUUAAAGACGCCACCAUCAACCUGGCAUCGCAGCCCACCAGACCUCUGUCCAUUCCCAUCAUUCCUGACGUUCCCAUCGUGGAUGCUGAGGAAGGCGAGGAGUACGACAAGUUCCUGAUGUACAGCAGCGAUAUGCUGAGAUCUCCCUCCAGCUCAAAGGCGCCAAGCAUCUCUGGUGACGAUCACAGCUUCCUCCUUCCUGGGGGGUCAACGACACGCAACCUGUCGGCAUCGUCCUCCCCCAUGUCCACCCUGAGCUCCACCUACAGAGGAGCCGGCACCUCCUUCACCACCGACACAAGCACCACCUACUUCACCGGGUCAGGAGGCGCCAUCAGGCAGGUAGGAGUCGCAGGAGGAGCGCACGCCACCGAGGUGGUGAUGAGGAGGCACCUGGAGACCCGAGGCGGCGUGGAGGAGAACAUUCGGGACUCCAUCGUGAUGGGCGACGCCCCCGGCGGGUUCAUGGACUUCGGUGGCUUCAGCUCGGCUGCGAUGCAGAGCUCCCAGAACCAGUUCGGCUUCAGCCAGAGCGCCGCGGUCCGGGGCCCGGCGCGUGACGUUAGCGAAGCUCUGUUCAGUCUGGACCGGGUCCUGCAGGAGGCCCGGGUCUCUCCUGGGGUGCCUGACACCCCCAGCCGGCUGGUGUUCUCCGCUCUGGGUCCGACGGCCCUCCGGGUCAGCUGGCAGGAGCCGCUCUGCGAGAAGCCCGUCCUGAGUUACUGCGUGCUGUACCAGCUGCUGAGUGGAGGAGAACUGAAGCGGAUCAACGUCACCAACCCGGCGGAGAACUCGGUGGUGAUCCACGACCUGCUGCCCAACCACUCCUACCUGUUCAAGGUGAAGGCUCAGAGCGAGGAGGGCUGGGGUCCGGAGAGGGAGGGGGUCAUCACCAUCGAGUCGGCCGUGGACCCCAGCAGCCCCCUCAGCCCCGUGCCAGGCUCCUCCUUCACCCUUAGCACCCCCAGCGCGCCGGGCCCCCUGGUGUUCACCGCCCUGAGCCCCGAGUCGCUGCAGCUCAGCUGGGAAAAACCCCGCCAACCCAACGGGCGCAUCCUGGGAUACGUGGUGAGCUGUGAGCAGCUGCACGGCGGAGGUGACCUGCGCUCCUUCCAGGUGAGCGGCGACAGCGCCGAGACUAGCCUGACGGUCCAGGACCUCACUGAGAACAUCCCCUACAAGUUCAAGGUCCAGGCCCGGACCACCGAGGGCUUCGGACCCGAGCGGGAGGGCAUCAUCACCAUCGAGUCUCAGGACGCAGGCGCUUUGUCGCAGUUCAGCAGCCAGUCCGCUGUGAGGAGGGAGGUCUUCCACAUGCCCACAGAGGUGGGAACCGCCCUCAGCGACGCCUUCUUCUCAGAUGGCAUGAUGAUGACCACGCGGCACACGGAGGCGGGCGCCAUGGUGACGCGUCAGAUCACCCGCGGGGUGGUGCAGAGGAGCGUGACGGGGGCGGCGUCUGUCACCAGGAAGAUGACCUACGAGUCUUAAGAAGCGUUCAGGUGUCUGUGCAGAAAACGCUCGCCGUAAUCCCAGCGCGGUAAUCCCAAAGCACCUUUAAUCUGAACGCCGUCAGGCCUUCAGGCUGGCGGAGCGGCCUUCAGGAUGAGAGUUUCUGCUCCGUUUGUACAUUCAAAUGUCUUUUUUACCUUCAGACAUAUUUAAUAUUUGUACCAAGUUUAUUUUAGCAAAACAGAAAAUGAUUCACAGCUUUCAGAAAUGUGUCAUGGAUGCAGUUUGUUAAUCUGAGGAAAGACUCAGGGGUUACAGAGCUUCACGUCUCAUCAGCAUGCAUCGUCUUCUGUCUCUGAUCUCAAUAAAGUUUGAAUUAAAAAAA